AUGACAGCUGACGAAAGACGUAAUCAUAUAGCUCUUCCAUUUGUGUACCAGUUUAUGGCUGGUGCAGUGGCCGGCAUAUCAGAGGUUCUUAUCAUGUAUCCUCUUGAUGUUGUUAAGACUCGAAUGCAGUUACAGGUCGGUACUGGGGCUCAGGCCGAAUAUAAAGGUGUCGUUGACUGCUUUUCGAAAAUUAUUAGGAAGGAAGGCUUUGGAAAGCUAUACAGGGGUAUAAUUCCACCAAUUUUGAUGGAGGCACCUAAGAGGGCCACCAAAUUUGCUGCAAAUGGCGAAUGGGGAAAAUUCUACCGUAAACAAUUCGGUAUGGAGAAGAUGAAUCAACCAUUAUCCGUGCUCACAGGAGCAACGGCAGGUGCCACAGAGGCUUUCGUUGUUGUCCCAUUUGAAUUAAUCAAGAUCAGAAUGCAGGACAAAAACUCAAAGUAUAAAGGUGCUUGGGACACUCUCAGCAGCACAAUUAAGGGCGAAGGUAUUAAAUCGUUGUACAAUGGUUUAGAGUCAACCAUCUGGAGGCAGAGUAUCUGGAAUGCAGGUUAUUUCGGUGUCAUUUUCCAGGUGAAAUCGUUGCUCCCAACACCAAUGAACAAAAGCGAGCAAACUAGAAAUGAUUUGAUUGGUGGUUUCAUCGGAGGAACCGUUGGUACAAUGCUUAACACUCCUCUUGAUGUGAUCAAGUCCCGUAUUCAAAGUAGUCCAAGGAAACCAGGGGUUGCUCCAAAGUAUAAUUGGGCUAUUUCAUCAUUGGUCACUGUUGCUAAGGAGGAAGGUUUCAGAGCCUUGUAUAAGGGAUUCAUGCCAAAGGUUCUUCGUCUCGGACCUGGAGGUGGUAUCAUGCUUGUUGUUUACAACUCAACCAUGGACUUCUUCAGGGAAAUGUACUACAAGGACAAGACUCCUGAAAUCAAGAACUCAAACUAG